GCCAUGCCGGAGUUACCUGACGACCAUGUGGACAGUAUCAAGGAGGGCACCCUUGCCUACUGGAUGUCUCAAGACGAGGAUGUUCCACGCGGCAGCAUCGGGGAGGUUCUUGAAUUAGAUGGUGAGGAUUGCGUGGUGCAGUUUCCCAAGAAACAGCUGAAGAUCUCUGCUGCCAAACUCAAUGUGUCGGAUUUCCAAAAAGGCACUUAUGUCCACUUGACGGAUGAUGGGCUAUCAGAUGAAAUGCUGGGAGAAGUGAAAGGCUUGAGCGGGGAGGAGGAUGGGAAGCUGUUGAUAGAAAUUGAAGGUGAGGAAAAACAUGUGAAGCCCAAGUACCUCUUCAAGUGCGACUUGCAGGUGGGCAUGUUUGCUUUCUGGAAGAAGUCGGAUGAUGAUAUACCUUCUGGCCAUUUGGGACAAGUGCUUGCCGACUUGAAUGAGAAGGGCAAAGUGAAGGUGAAAUUUCCCAACGGAUCGUGGCGUUUCAGGCCCAAAGAUUUGGUGAAGAGCCAUGUGCAGCCGGGUUCCUACGUCCAAUGGACUUCGAGCGAUGAUGACAUCGCAGUGGGAGAGAUCGGAGAAGCAACAGGAGAAAUCAAUGACUCUGGCAAAGUAAGGGUUGCGUUUUCCAAGGACACCUGGAGUUUCAAGGUCGACACCUUGAUUGCUCUUGAGUUGCAGUUGGGUGCCUUUGUGAAGUGGCAGAAUCAUGAUGACGAUGUGAAAAAGGGAGAGCUUGGACAAGUGGUCGGAAUCAAGGUCUCCCAAGGUCGCUUGCGAGUUCAAUUUUCCAAAGGUCGAUGGAAAUUUAAAGCCAAUGAGCUGAACCUUUGCCGGAUCCAACCAGGAUCUCUGGUGCUUUGGAGUCAGGAGGAUGAGGACAUCCCAAAAGGAGACAUUGGUGAAGUGAUUCGUCUGGACGAUGGCAAACUAUCGAUCCAGUGGCCCAAAGGACAUUGGAGUAUGAGGAUGAACGAGAUUCGGACUUGUGGAUUUCAAAAAGGAGAUCGUGUGCAGUGGACCAACUCUGACGAUGACAUACCAGAGGGCGACAUUGGUAUAAUCAUGGGAGUCAAAUACAAAGAGGAUUCUGGCAACAAGCUCUAUGUGAACUGGCCAAAGGGAAGGUAUUCUAUGGAUCCUCUCUUUCUGCAGGCAUUGAACUUUGAUGCAGAUGGAGCAGAUCAGCUGAAACGAGCCUUCAAGCGCUUUGACAAAAAUGGAGACGGUAAGCUGUCGGAAGAAGAGUUUGUCCAUGUGCUUGGACAGCUGGGAGGUAGUGAAAAUGGUUUGGCCCCCGAGGAGUGUAAGAAGCUCUUCGUGGCUUUGGACAAAGACGACAAUGGAAAACUGACAGUCAGUGAGUUUAUCGACUACGUGUUCUCAGAUGCCAGUUCUGCUGCCAAGAUGAUUUUGGCGGAUGGUUUUGGUUUGGAUGCCUUCUUGGGUUUUGCGGGUCAAGAAGAAGAAGAAGAGCGAGAGUAUGAUUCUGAUGAUGACGACCGCUCCGAAAUGAAGGGUCUGCCCGAAGACAGGCCAAAGAAGUCUGUUGUGCCUUCGGAAUCUGCGGUGGGCAUUGAUGGAGACACCGAAGUGUCCAGGGUUGAAUGGGCAACUGCCAUGCUGUCAGUGGGCGUGCCCCGGGCAGCUGCGCUCACGAGCUUUGAGGCAGUAACCCAGGAGAUUGAAGGCAAUGGUGAAGUUCUGAAGCUAAAGGACCUGGCCUGUGAGCUCAACGGCAUGGGUGGAACAGCAGGUGUUAAGGAACUUUGUCCUUGCAUUGGGAGUGUGAAGCAGGGUCACGUGGCCCUGAUAGACCUGGAUACCCCAUCCGAAGAAGUGGAGCUUGAGCGCGAGUUGGCCCGGAAAACGGGCUUGGACGGCUUGGUCUUUGAGAUUUUGUACAACGCCAGAUCACUCGAAAAAGCAGCAGAGGAAUUCCCAAAGGCAAAGCUUUCUGCCCUCGAAAAGAAGGUACUCUCUGAGAUGUCCGGCGAAGAGUUGGUGAAUGCUGUGCAAGAGACCUCUCAGUCGUCCGAGUCGUUGAGUGCUGUGGCAUCGUGGCAGAGGGCACGAGAGAAUUGCCAGCGUGAAGUACAGGAGAUCAUUGACCAGUGCAAGGCUGAUGGUAAGAAAUAUGAAGACCCCGACUUCAAUCCUUUGGAAAAUGAAAACAAGGUGCUGUAUGUGGAUAAAAAGAAGCCGGGCUGGGAUUGUACUGUCCGAUAUCCGGAGGGUGGCUGGAAGAGAGCGCCGGACAUCAAAACUGGUAGACACCCAGUACUUGUGCAUGAUCGUUGUGACUUCUCAGAUGUUAAGCAGGGUCACAUAGGUGAUUGCUUCUUUGUUGCAGCCCUGGCAGCAAUGGCUGCCAGCCGAAAGUCUUUCUUAAGACAAGCUUUGGUUGCCUAUGAUAUGGACGUUGGUGUCUAUGGUGUCAUGUUCUGCGAGGAGAUGCAUUUCACCUACGAAAUCAUAGAUGAUUUUGUAGGAGUGAACGAAAACGAGUAUUGGCAUUUUGCACGAAGUGCAACCAGAGUCAGUGAGCUUUGGGUGUCAAUUAUCGAAAAAGCGUACUUCAAGCACAUGACCUGCCUUGAGAUGUGCGAUGGCGGACAUUCUGUAGAGUCGAUUUUCUCCUUUCUGGGUGGCGUGUCGGGAAAAUAUUACCCCACAAAGCUCUCAGAAGCCAGAAGGUAUUGGAAGACGAUUCAUGAGGCUCUUGAAGACGGCGAGGUUCUGACAAACAGCUUCGAACCACCCAGCAAGGGAAAGUAUGCAAAUAUGGGAGAAGGGGAAGGUCAGUGUGGUGAACAGGGUAUGGCAUAUGGACUUCAUGAUGGUCACGCCUACACAUUGCUGCGAACAGGUGAGGUAGAUGGACAUCACUUACUUUGUAUUCGCAAUCCCUGGGCCAGCGGGGAAUGGACGGGUCCGUGGAGCGACAAGUCACCUGAGUGGACUCGCGAAGCCAGAGAGGAGUUUGGUAUAAGGAAGGACAGAAAGCAUUUGGAUGGGGCCUUUUGGAUGGAAGACAAAGACUUUGUGCAACUUGCCGAACGCGUGAAUUACAACAUCACAUUCGGACCAACUUGGCAAUGCGUUGCUCAGUACGGCUGUUUCGGUAAGGCGCCGCCCUUCCAGGCCCUGGCAAGGAACAACUACCGCGCCUGUGAGGAUGAUGAGAUCAGCUUCAAGCGAGGCGAAAAACUUGAGAUCAGCAGAAAUCCUGCGGGCUCAUGGCUGUAUGGAGUUCACAAACCAUCGGGGAAGGAAGGCUACUUCCGAAAGAAGGAUGUGGACAUGAGGUGUGAAGAUACCUUCAAGUAUGAACUCAAAGUAUCUGAUGUCGCAGUCCAAAGCAAGGCUCGAAUCACCAUUGCCGUGUUCCGCGAGAACCAGAAAAAGGCGAGAGAGUGGUACACAAGAAAGUCAGAUAAAAAACACUACAAAGACACCAAGUAUGCUGAUGCCUAUCUCCAGGUCCACGGUUCUGAUGGCAGGAGAAUUUGCAAGACGCGCUUUUAUAAACGACAUGCCUGGUGUACCGUGAAAGCUUCAUCUGGGCCCUUCAGGAUCUAUCUCUCUUGCGAAUCCACCGACUACAAACGGUUUGCCCUCUAUGCGUUCACUCCUGCCGGGCAGCUGUGGUGCAAAAAGCUCGAGAUCAGCCGCAUGUCAUUUAUCACCGAGGUUGGAGCUACCAACGCGGCGGACACCAUACGUGAGAACAUUUACGCUCAAACCACUGACGUCGUCAAUGAGUUCAUCAGCCUUGGAUAUUCCUUGUUGGACGACCAUCCACAAGUAGCUGAGUCCGUGAUGCAAGUGGCUUCUACAGUCUCAGACUAUGUGGAGGCAGGGAGUGACCAGGUGAGGGAUUUUGUCAACUCCGACCAGGUUCAAGGGGUGACAGAUAAAGUCAAAGACAUUAUGAAUAGUGACAGAGCGCGUCAGCUGACCAAUGAAGUUGGCAACCUAAUGAACCGGGCCUCGUCCUGGUUAGGAUGAGGUGCAAAAGAUUUGCUCCGAAACUGGUUCAUCAAAAUCGGCUCAGUUUCUGCCGGUUUCAGUACCCACUGAACCAAGGUUCACACCUGACUCAUGUGGGGAUGGGCAAUAACGCCAGCUAGCGUCUCACAGUACAUCGGUUUCCGAAGGAAACCGUCUCAUUGCGAGCUGCCAGGAUUGACCGCGCAAAAAAAAAAUGGUGGUCAAA